AUGGUCUUCGCAAUUACAUACACUGGUACCCUGUUUUUUGAGCCUAUUCCCUCCAACUAUCAUCGACACAUCCAAAGCUUUGCGUCGCGUCCCUUUCUGCCCUCUUAUCAUGUACCUUUUCCUGAACUCGUGGAAUUGGGUCUUGAUGUUCAUGGGUUUGUUCGCAACUUAGGAUGGGAAUUCCUCCUUAACCAGCCCUUUUCUUCCCUUAUUUGUCCCGAUCUGGUCCGAUAUUUCUUUUCAAACUUUCGCUCUCCCGGGCUGGCUUCCCGCUCUUUUUCAUCCAUAGUGUUCGGUCAUCUGUUCACUCUCCAUCUCGAUGACCUGUCCGAGACUCUUCAUAUCCCUCGCGUUGGAGAAGCUCUCGCUGAUGCUUCAGAGCUGGAGCUCUUUGCUUUCCAAUACCCUGAUGAGUUCCACCAACUUACUGGUGUCCUGCCUGCCUCUGGUAUGUUCAUGCCAGUCUCUGCACUGUUGCCAUCUCUUCGGCUGCUUCACUACUGCAUCACUCGUCUGUUUGUCCCUCGUGCUGAAUCCUUGGAUCUAGUCCUCCCACUAGAUCUUUGGAUUAUGUCUCAUGCCGUCCAUGGGGUCCCCCUUGACUAUGCUCACCUGGUCUUUGGGCAACUUUUGCGUCUCAGUGAUGCUGCUCUGACUGGUCCUUUAGCUUUUGGACCUCUGGUCACAUCCUUGCUCCUUGAACUACACCUCCACCUUUCACCGUUUCUCACUGUGACGCCAUCCCUGUACCCUCUCGCUUAUCAUAUUCUGGAUGAUCUGGAGAUUGCCGUUGAAGGGGAGAAUGCUGUUGAAGGGGAGACUGAUGUCGUUUGGGUAAGCAGCAGCUCUGAUGAUAGCAGCAGCAGUGGAAGUUCUGAUGAUGGACCUGGGCUGGAACCGUUUGUCGAAGCCCUCCAGGCUCUGUUAGAAUAUGGGUCUGACGAUGUCAGCGAUGGUGCUUAA